CUUCUACCUUACAAGUAUAUAUGACCAUUCUAUUUUUGAGGCAUUUAGCAAAGUCGUCCAAAAACUUGUGCCUCAGCUGCCAACCUUGGAAAACCUAUUAAAUAUUCUUAUUAUGAAUUCUGGUAUUGAGAAGGCAUUUCUCUUUGAUGUUGUUAGUAAAAUCUAUGUAGCUACUGACAGUUCUCCUGUAGAUAUGCAGUCUUAUGAAUUAUGCUGUGACAUGAUUGAUGUGGUUAUUGAUAUUUCAUGUAUAUAUGGGUUACGCGAAGAGGGAGAUGGUAGCGCAUAUGAUGUGGAAACAUCCUCAGUUAUAAAACUAAACAACAACACCAUAUUGUAUCUAAGAGAAGUGAAUAGAUUUCUAGCUUUGGUCUGUAUCUUACGAGAAGACAACUUUGUAAGAAAAGGGCUUAUUGAUUACAACUUUCACUGCUUCCGCCAAGCCAUUUCAGAGGUCUUUGAAGUACGCAAACAGCUAAGAACUACUUCCGAAAGUGCCUAUUCUAAUAUCACUUCUCAUUCAAAUGGUAGCGUGCCAACUAUUGGGAAAGUGCGAGGAGAUACUGCUGUUGUCGUUUAAACGGACUYGCCCUCCUAAUGUUUAAAUUUGAAUAUGCUACAGACCUGUAAAAAGAUGCUGGAACCUGUAGAAAGAUGCUGGAAGUAUUUUUUGUACCUAAUUGAUAGGCUGGUGUGGAUGGAAACCUGGAUAGGAUUAACACUUCCCUUAAAUUUACUUGAAUAGACGCUUAACGUAUUCUAGUAGAUCUGUGUUGUUUUUUGUUUUUUUUUUCUAAAUUGGUGAAAUGUGAUUUGGUUGUUUGUGUGUGUUUUAUUCAAACUGCUGUUGAAUCUUAAACGUGUUUUUUGGACAAUGUUAAUUUUCCUGCAAUCAUCCGCAUUUCAAGAGCUGYCCAAUUUCGAGACGUGUACGAUUUGAAACUAGAAAAAUUUUAAUUUGCGUUUGUUUCAAGGACUGCCGUUUCAUUUAUUGCAUACUUUGUAACAAUCAGCUUAAUCUCUAAUCGCUCCAUCGGUUAAUUGGUUAUGAGAAUUCGAAGAGGGAAAGUGUGUCGGAAGAGCGAUUUUCCUUAGUCGAAAUCAUGAAACAUCGAUUUUCUUUAUAAUGAUCAGUUUAGUUUGACAACAUUUUGAAGUURACAAUGCCUUUAAGUCAAUGCCCAAAUUGCCAUUCAAAUGUAUUUUAUUUCUACAUAUAAGUUAAAGCAUGAGCUAUAAAUAAGCUAUUAAUUUAAUUKUAAGGCUCCAAUUUUUGUUUAACCCUCUUCAGGCAUCGCUUUCUCUCUUAAGUAAGAGGGAACUUAAAACAAAAUUAUUUCGGUAAUGGCUGUAAUGGCUCUUGCUUCGCUAAAACCAGGACUGUAAGGCACUGGUAUAAGAAUGAAGCAUUCUAGAGCCACUGUACGGCCAUGGUCCAAUGCGGUUGCCUUGUAGAUUUUUUUCUUUAUAACAUCUCCAUAUAGUAUUAAAGGAUAAUAAAGGGUAAGUUUUUGUUUAUAUUAUGGUAUAUAAUUUAAUUGAUUUUCAAAUAAAAAGCGUCGUGGACCGAAAGUGAUUCCAGUGGACCAUGGCACUAGUACGGGAAUCAAUCGAAGAAAAAUGCUUUAGCAAACUAGAAUUAGAAGCGUGUAAAUGAGUUCUUAAUACUUGGCGUACCUACCCUGCGAACAGAGUGUUAUUUACCUUACCUCAGUAAAAAAAGUUCGCGAAGGAAAUUCACGAAUUUUUAUUGAGGUAAGGUAAAAUACACUCUGUUCGCAGGGUAGGCGUACCUUGAUGAUUUGCCUCUCRCUGGUAUGGAAAGUCGUGAAUAUUUGGCUUUAACUUUCUAACGUAUUAUUACCAUAACAAAGAGUAAAAAUAUUGUACCGAUACUCGAUGUUUCGUGGUUAAUUUUACAAUUAAAAUCGACUCUAAAUCUAACGUCUUUGAUUUGUACAGUCAAAUAUGCCAUUUAAAACCAUUUAAAAUAUCUAAAUAUUGUAGUAAAAAGGUCGUAAACCAAUAAGAUUAGGARUGGACAGUCGUGUACAAUAUGCCAUUACCAAGAAAGAGUACUUUUUGGGGUUGGAUCCAGCUAUUUACAAAGGGGACCAUGAGACCACUUUCAUAAAUGCCCAACAUCAAUUUUAUACAAUUUAUAAUAUUAUGGAAACAUUCAGCACUGUCACUGGAAGAACUAUUAGAAAUAGGUAUUCAUGGAAAACUAAAUAAUAAAAAUGUGGUGACUAAGUA